AUGCAAGAAUAUAAUCAAUAUUCUAACUUUAAACCAAGAAAAAUCACUAAGUAAAUUACAUCUAAAAGUGAAUCAAUUUCUAGAUUAUCUGAGAUUUCUGAAGAUAGCGAAAGACAAAUAAUAGAUUGUGUUAGGAAUAAAUAGAAUACUCGUAAUAAUUUGAGAUAACCAAAAUUGAUAAUCUAAGAAUAAUAACAAUUCCACAGUGCAAAAAUGACUAGUGAAUCUAUAACUUUUAAAUAUCCAUAUAAAACAUCAAGAAUAGAAGCUUAAACUUUAGUUCAUGAAAAUUUUCUGAAAGCUUUAAAAACAGAAAGAAUCAAAAGGCAAUUUGUUAAUAAUCUUUUUACAAAUUCAUAUAUAAUUCAGAAUAAAAAAAAAUAACUUUUGCAGGAUAAAUACACAAAAGACAGAAAAAAAUAAUAAAAUUUGGGUAAAUUGAUUGUUUAAUAUUAUAAGAAACCUUCACCUAAUCUAGAAUACCAAUCAUUUCACCAACAAGUUUAUUUAUUGUCAUUUGGGAUGCAAUAGGAAUAAUACUUAAUUUUAUUAUUUUAUGGCUAACACCUUUUUUAUUAUCCUUUGAUAAUUUAGAUAAUUGUUAUUCUUUUUAAGUAAUUCAAAAAUUAAUCAUAAUUCUCUUAAUUUGUGAUAUUUUUAUUUCCUUUAACAAAGGUAUCAUAAUUUAGGGUAUUGUAAUUAAAAAGAGAAAAAAGUUAAUUCAAUAAUAUUUCUAAACUAAUGCAAUCAAUGAUUUAGCAAAUUUAGGUUUAUGGAUUAUGAUCUAAUAAAAUCUAAUUUCAUUUGAAAUUCUUGGAGAAAGCAUAACUAUCUGUUAAUUAAUAGUUACAUUUAAUAAAAUUUAAAAAUACUUCUCUGAUUAUUUUUAAUAUGUUUUUUUUAAAGGAGCAUCUAGUUAUAUAAUGGAUCUUUUAAGCCUUAUUUGUUCAAUAUAUUUUUUUGCUCAUAUAGUAGCAUGCUUCUGGCAUUAUGUUGGAUUAAAAUCCGGAUAGUAAUCUUGGUUGAUAAAAUAUAAUUUGGAACAUGAAUCAAUAUGGAUGAAGUAUAAUUAUGCAUUUUAUUGGGCUACAAUGACUAUGACAACAGUUGGUUACGGAGAUAUAAUUGCCUAAAGCUAAUUAGAAAUUAUUUUUGUUGAUAUAGUAAUGUUUUUAUCAAGUGGAAUAUUUGCAUAUUCAAUGAAUUCUAUUGGAAUGAUCCUAAAAAAUAUUUAUGAUGCUAAAUUAAAAUAUAAAAGAUCAUUACUAUAAAUGAACAAUUACAUGAGUAAGAAUUGUGUUGAACCAUAAAUACAAAGUAGGAUUAGAAAUUACAUAAAAUAUUACAUAGAAUCAGAAUAAAAUGAAAAUUUAGAGGACAUAAAUAGACUUAUAAGUAUAUUGCCAUAAAAUUUAUAAUCUGAUUUAAAUACUGAUAUUUAGAGAAAAGUUAUUAAUAAAGCAAAACUUGUUAUAAAUCAUUUUUCAUCAAAUACUUAACAAUUAUUAUCUAAAAGUUUAGAAUUAGUUAAGUAUGCUCCUGGUGAUAUAAUUUACAAAAGAGGAGAUAUUUAAGAUAAAAAUCUUUAUUUUAUUAUAGAGGGAGAAGUGGAUAUUUAAGAUGAUUAAAGUAAAAUGAAAUUUUCAAAACUGAUUUAGCAUUAAUAAUUUGGUAUUUUUUAAUUUUUUACAGAUUUUCCUCCAAAAACAUCUGCACUUAGUAUUGGCUUUUCUAAUAUUUAUAGAAUAAGCAGAAGUAAGUUUUUGGAAAUUUUAUAAUUCAAUAAAAGAGAUUUCGAAAUGUUUCAUUAUAUUAAAGAUUAAAUAAUUUUCAAUUCAAAUUAUAGAUUAUUUUAUUUUUAAUGUAAGUAUUGUAAUAGAUAAAAUCAUUAAGAAGUCGAUUGCCCUAUGUUAACAUAUAAACCAGAUCUUGAAUAAAGGAUUAAAAAAAGUAAUUUUUAUCCUUAAGUUUAACAAAGAUAAAAAAGACAAAGAUUUGGUAGGAAAAUAAAAAGUAUUUAAUAAUAACGUGAUGUAUCAAAAUCUGUAAGAAAUUUCAUAGAUGAAACUGCAGGAGGAGAAAUAUCUAAUUCUUUGCAAGUUGCUAUAAUAGCUCAUAGAUCUAAGACUAGUAAUUACUCUGAAGUUUAAAAUAUUGAUUAAAAACGAUCUUCUUGUUUUGUAAUAGAAGAUUAGGAUUAAGAAUAAAAACCCUAAUAUUUAGAUUGUUCUAUAAAUAAAGUUGGAAUGAAAGGAGGAGAUCCUUAAUCAUAGCUAGAAUAUUUAACACCUGUUAAGCGAUAAAGUUAUAAAGAAUAAACAAAUGUUCUUAAAGAUUUCAAUAUGAUUGAUGAUUUAUAUAUAAAUGCAAGGUGGUUUCCUUUUGUUAUUUAAUCAGAUUAAUAUUAGUCAUAUGAAAAGUAUUUUCCAUAACAAAAUUUAGAAAAAAUCAUUGAAUCUAUUUAAAAAUGUAAUUUAAAGUAUUAAAGAAAACUUGAUAAGCAUGUUUAAAGUCUAAAUAAAUAUACAUUCUUUUAUAAAGUUAAAAUUAAAGCACUUAAAUUGCGUCAUUUGUAUUAGAAAACUUUGAAUAUUGAAUGA